UAGUGAUAGGAGGAAGUAUAUAUAUGAGAAGUAUAGUGGUGUUGUAACACAAAUAUUUACGGGUGGCGUGAAAAGAGUUGUGUGUCACACCGUCCAAAAAUAUAUGGUAAAAAUUUGCGCAAUCUGCUAACCCCAUGCGUAAUUGAUAACCCUCUUUCUCACCUUCUUUUUUAACUUCACAAACAUAACCAUAUCUAUAUAUAUAAACACAUAUAUGAUUGCCAUUUUUCUCCAAGACAUAUUCAUCUCUAUAUACCUCAAGCAACUAUUGAUCCUUGUGGGUGUUGUACGUUCACCAUUUUUUCGUCGAACCCGAAUCGAGGAAGAGGAGAAGGAGGAGAGGACAAGAUCUUAUUCAUUCUUUGAUUAUGGAUCAUAAUGAAUCAUGUGUUCCACCGGGGUUUAGGUUUCAUCCCACAGAAGAAGAAUUAGUGGGGUUCUACCUUAAGAACAAGGUCAACUCUCUCAAAUUUGAUCUAGAUGUCAUCAUUGACAUAGAUCUUUACAGAAUUGAACCAUGGGACAUUCAAGAUAAAUGCAAGUUGGGAUAUACCGAGCCAAAUGAAUGGUACUUCUUCAGCCACAAAGACAGGAAAUACCCAACCGGAACACGCACAAACCGGGCGACGGCGGCCGGAUUCUGGAAGGCGACGGGCAGAGACAAGGCAGUGCUAUCGAAGAAUAAUAUCAUAGGGAUGAGAAAAACCCUUGUGUUCUAUAAAGGUCGUGCACCUAAUGGCAGGAAAACUGAUUGGAUCAUGCAUGAAUAUCGUCUACAAACAUCUGAACAUGCUCCUCCUCAGGCAAAAGGAUGGGUGGUAUGCAGAGCAUUCAAGAAACCAAGUCCAAGUCACAAACAAGGAUUUGAAGCUUGGAAUCAUCAUAAUAAUAACUACUACAUGAGAAAUAAUAACAGCAGCUAUGACAGAUUUAUUGGGUCACCUUCAAUUCAAGAUAUAUCAUCAAGUCCUUCAGAUUCUUUCAAUCAAGGUCAUUCAAACUUCAACAAUAAUCCUCAACAUUCUAUGCAACAACAUCAGCAUUACAAUAAUACUAGUUUUGAUCAGGAUUAUAUUUCUUCUAAUGGUGGAGUUAAUCUGAUGGAAAAUCAACUAAUAAUUGAUCUUCCUCGAUUAGACAGUCCAUCACUUUCCACAAGCUUUGCAGCACAAGAUCAAUCAUAUGAUCAUCAUCAUCAUCAUCAUCAGAGUGGUGAUAAUCAUGAAAGAAGCAACAACAGGUGGGAAUCUUUGGAUAGUUUUCUUGGAAAUUCAUCACAAAUAAUAUUACCUGAAAUAUCAGCAAGUUCUUCAUCUUUUUCUAAGCCACAAAAUAUGCAGUUGAAUUCUCAUGAUUAUGAACUUGAGGUUCAGAAUCAACUUGGCAGCUUUCUGGAAUGUUUUCCCAACUUAUAGCAAAGGUUAAUUCAUCCAAAAAAGCCAAAAAAAAAAAAAACACAAAAAAAACAUAUUGAUAUAUUUCUAAAGCUAACACAGAAAUUGUGGUGGCCCUGAAUAUUGUUUGGCUGAGUUUGGACAUGCUAAACAUAUAAUACUACCUUUAUUCGGGUCCAGUUGUUACAUUACUAGUUCAAAUUAUACUAUCAACGUGACAAUCGAUAUUCAACGAUUGGAUCAUGGUAGGAAAGUCAGGAUAUAUAUUGUGUGUUUUAGACAAAAGGACAGCUUCUGUCAACAUGGAAGUCCUUAGAAGUUCAAUUCUUCUUAAUUUCUUCAUGUAAUAUGCAUGUUAACAAGGCAUGCUAUAGUAUCCCAAUAUCAUCCCAAAUGUAACUCUUUUUUUUUCUUCUUUUCAAUAAUUGUUUUUAAAUGUAAAGUUAGUAGGGUUUGAUAAGCUCAAACCCAUAAAGAUUUAUUCAAGUUUUUAUAUACAAUAUGAUGGUAAAUGUCUAUAUGUUAAUUACAUGCUCCUUGCUUGUACAAUCAGAAAUCAUGUUAUUGCUCAUACUAAUAGUCUAAUACA